CUUGUGGAUCCAAAUUCCAAAACAAAAGGACCAAAUCUAGAAAAAACAAAACUAGUUACCAAGACGCUAUCGUUUGGUUGCAUGUGUUUUGUGGUAGCAAACCAAGCAAAUUCAGCUUCCAACCUUAACCGCAAGCAACCGUCCCAGUUCAUCUCCCUCGUCCUCUGUCUCACAACACAACGCAUGGACCACAUCGCACUCUUCCUCUGAACCUCGCAGCUUCAUCCAAAACCCAUCUCCAUCUUCCAAUCAUCUUCCCCAUCAUGCCUCUUCUACUCGCAGGCACACAGCUUCGCUUACUCCCUCACCACACAAACAAACAUCUAAUCACAGCCUCACACAACCGCUUCCACUUCGCCGCCACGCGAAUUUCCCUCUCCACUCCUGGUUUCCCUUCCCGGCGCAUAGUCUUAGUCCCUCCGGCGAAGUCAGCGUCCAUCAAUGGUGUCUCCGUUCAUGACGAUCGAGAAGCUUCAAACGAAGAAGUAAAUGCUGCUGAUGAGUUUCUGAACAGAAUUCGGAAAUGGGUCGGCUUCAUUCCGUCGAUUCUCCCCGGUGGAAGGUGGUGGGAGUUCUCCGACGACGUGCAGGUUCUCGCGCUGGCUCAGCCGGUGACUGUGUGGCGCGCUCUCGCCAAAAUGUGGGACCUCGUUGCUCGAGAUAGAUGGGUCAUUUUCUCUGCAUUUUCUGCUCUGAUUCUCGCUGCAGUUUCGGAGAUUUCUAUUCCGCAUUUCUUGACAGCUUCAAUCUUCUCAGCACAGGGUGCGGAUAUUGCAGUGUUUCAUAGGAAUGUGAAGCUGUUGGUUGUGUUGUGCGUAACUUCGGGAAUAUGCAGUGGGAUACGAGGUUGCUGUUUUGGCAUUGCAAACAUGAUUCUGGUUAAGAGAAUGAGAGAAACAUUAUACUCUUCCCUUCUACUUCAGGAUAUAUCAUUUUUUGACAAUGAAACAGUAGGUGAUUUAACAAGUAGGCUUGGGGCGGAUUGUCAACAAGUGUCAAGGGUGAUUGGAAAUGAUCUUAACUUGAUAUUGCGCAAUAUUCUUCAGGGGGGAGGUUCAUUAAUCUACUUGUUGGUUUUGUCCUGGCCACUUGGUUUAUGCACAUUGGGCAUAUGCUCUGUGUUAGCAGCAGUUAUGUUACGUUAUGGAAGAUACCAGAAAAAGGCAGCAAGGUUGAUCCAAGAAGUCACUGCUUCUGCUAAUGAUGUAGCUCAAGAGACAUACUCUCUUAUGAGAACUGUACGAGUUUAUGGAACAGAAGAAAAAGAACUUGGAAGGUACAAAGGGUGGCUGGAGAAAUUAGCUGACAUAAGCUUGCGACAAAGUGCUGCAUAUGGAUUUUGGAAUUUUAGUUUCAACACUCUUUAUCAUUCAACUCAGAUUAUCGCUGUGCUAUUUGGAGGAAUGUCAAUUCUUGCGGGUCAUAUUACAGCAGAGAAACUUACGAAGUUUAUACUAUACAGUGAAUGGUUAAUUUAUUCAACCUGGUGGGUGGGGGACAAUGUAUCCUCUUUGAUGCAAUCAGUUGGAGCUAGUGAAAAAGUAUUCAAUUUAAUGGAUCUCUCACCUAGCAGCCAAUUCACGGCAAGAGGAGUAAAGCUGCAGAGGUUAAUGGGGCAUAUUGAGUUUCUAAAUGUAUCUUUUCACUAUUCUUCAAGACCAACGGUAUCUGUGGUGCAACAUGUAAACUUUGUUGUCAAUCCCAGUGAGGUGGUUGCCAUUGUUGGUCUUAGUGGUAGCGGAAAAAGCACAUUGGUGAAUCUUUUGCUUCGUCUCUAUGAGCCUACAAAUGGCCAGAUUUUGAUAGACGGUAUUCCUCUUGAAAACUUGGAUAUCACAUGGUGGAGAGAGAGAAUUGGAUAUGUGGGACAGGAACCCAAGCUAUUCCGGAUGGAUAUUAGCUCAAACAUCAGAUAUGGAUGUACUAGAGAUGUAACGCAGGAGGAUGUUGAAUGGGCUGCAAAGCAGGCUUAUGCUCAUGACUUCAUCUCAGCACUUCCUAAUGGUUACGAAACACUUGUUGAUGAUGAUCUGUUAAGUGGGGGACAAAAGCAGCGAAUUGCUAUUGCUAGAGCCAUUCUUAGAGACCCAAAAAUAUUGAUCCUUGAUGAAGCCACUAGUGCACUGGAUGCUGAAAGUGAACAUAAUGUGAAGGGUGUUCUUCGAUCUGUUAGAAGUGAUUCUGCAUCAAGGAGAAGUGUCAUAGUCAUUGCACACAGGCUUUCUACCAUACAAGCAGCUGACAGGAUUGUGGUGAUGGAUAGCGGUCAUGUUGUUGAGGAUGGAAGUCACAGGGAACUUCUCUUAAAAGAUGGUUUAUAUGCUCGGUUGACUAGAAAACAGGCAGAUGCCAUGACAUGAUUUGGAAUUCCAGCGCAGAUAUUCUAUUUUUCUUCUGGAUUCUUUCUUUUUAAAGUGGGACAUGCAACUUUUUUUUACUUGCUGACCCAGGCAUUCAUAGAUUUAUAAAAAAAAAUGGUGAUGUUUAGCAAAGAAGAAAGCUGCAGCAGUUCUGGUUCUAAAUGCAUGGCGGCUUCAUAAAGAUUUCACAGUAUCAGGAUUCAGGCUUAGGUUCAGCAGGAUCAUGAAACUUGUGGUAUGUUUGUUUUAGCAGCAAGAAUAUUGUAGAAAUGUGGUUUGAUGGGAGAAAAUAAAUUCCUAUAAGAAGACAUACAUCAGGACUCGCGUUUCUCCCUCUGCAGCAGCUUUCAUCUAAAACAAACAUAGGCUUGCUCCAUUGUAAAUGUAAUAUUGAUGUUAAAGAUGGAUAUUCAAUUCAUAGUCAAGAUGGUCAUCUUGGUGGUAUGACUAUAUAGACUGUCCAUUUAAUAUAUGUAAAUGUAAUAUUGAUGUUUAACACUUGAUUUGAAGAAUACCACUGGCCCAUGAUUGAUGGCACUUCAUAA